AUGGCACCCAGGCGCUCCAAGCCCGUGCCCCCGCCACGGCCCUCCCGCACCCUUGUCCUCGACAACGGCGCACAUACCAUCAAGGCUGGCUUCGUGACAGACGACACCGUCGACGAACCCCGCGUGAUACCCAACUGCAUCGCGCGAGACCGUGCUAGGAAGACCUACGUCGCCUCAGGGCUAGACAAGUGCAAGGAUUUUGGCGAGAUCUCCUUCAGGCGGCCCGUUGAGAAGGGCUACAUCGUCAAUUGGGAGGCGCAGAAGGAAAUUUGGGACCAUGAGUUCUUUGCCAAGGAUGCGCCGCAGGCUUGUGACCCCGCCGACUCGAGGCUGGUUCUGACAGAGCAGCCCAAUGCCCUGCCGGCACUGCAGGCGAACUGUGACCAGAUAGUGUUUGAGGAGUUUGGCUUCGCGAGCUACUACAGGGGGAUAGCACCCACAUUCAACGCGUACGAGGAUAUUCAGACCACAUUUCGCACCCCUGGGCAUGAUACCUCCUCUGCCCAGCUGCCUGUCGAGUUGAUGCUCCUGAUCGACUCGGGUUACUCCUUCACCACCAUCACACCCAUUUUCCAGGGCCGACCGCUGCAGUCGGCCAUCCGCAGGCUCGAGGUCGGCGGCAAGCUGCUCACCAACUACCUCACGCGACUUCUCUCCCUGCGACACUACGACAUGCGGAACGACACAUACAUAGUCAACGAGAUCAAGGAGAAGACAUGCUACGUGUCGCUCGACUUCAAGGGCGACCUGGAUAAGACCUGGAAGGGCACGCGCGGCGAGAGGAGGGAGCCAUACCUGACAGGAGCGGGCAUAGCAAAAGACUACGUCCUUCCAGACUUUCACGCCCGCUCCUCCGGCAUCGUUCGCGACUUCGACGCCACAUCCACCGCCAAGCAGCGCAAGCUCGCCGCAGCCGCCUCCAACGAGGAUAUCCUGACCCUCCGCAACGAGCGCUUCGCCAUUCCCGAGAUCCUUUUCAACCCCACCGACAUCGGCAUGCCAACCCCUGGCCUCGCCGACCUGGUUUACCAGGUCCUGCAGGCCCUGCCGGUGGGGCUCUGGCCGGGCCUCCUGGCCAACAUCCUCGUGGUCGGCGGGAAUACCCAGUUCGACGGCUUCAUCCAGCGCCUUCAGCGGGAGAUUGUCGCCCGCGUGCCAGACGAGUGCACCGUCAGAGUCGCCAGACCCGCCAACUCCAUCUGUGCCACGUGGCGUGGUGCGGCCAAUUUUGCAAGGCACGAGCAUGUGGAGAGGCUUGCGGUCACGAAACAGGAGUAUGAGGAAAAUGGCGCCGCGUGGGUGGCGAAGAAGUUUGCUGCGGGCUUGGGCCCAGACUGAGGAGGCAUGUUGAAGGCCCCCUCCCCAGGAACGAUGAGGUGGCAGGUCACGGACGAUAUCACGACCUGAACGUUUACUUUGAUAAGAAUGGCCGUGUGAUUUUGAGAUACCCCUAUAAAGUCUAAAGGAUUCCACGUAUUAUCUGUUCAAGAACUUCCAAGUAUACGUCAUACAGUCUUCCC